AUCUUUAUGUCGGCGCUGCACUCAUGCGCAAACGUCGACGGUAGCAACACGAACAACUCUUGACGACGUGAGAGGUCUCAAGAGUUUUUUCCGCAUCAUGGCACAGCGACUUCAAGAACUGUGCACGCUUUUGGUGCAAGAUGCCUAUGGCCAUACCUCUGCCCAAAUCUUCUCGACUCUCGCAGAAAAUGGCCGCCUCGCGCGAGCUCGGCUGCAACAGAUCACUCGCAUUCCCGCCCGUCAACUCCGCCACGCCCUUACGAUCCUCGUGCAGCAACACAUUCUCCUCUAUUCUACCUCCGACGAUCAAGCUAUUGCUUUCUACCAAGUGGACUGGCGCAAUACAUACUAUCUCCUCCGAGCGAAUCGCAUCAUCACGUGCGUCGAAGAGCGGUACGGUGAAGGUGCUGGUCAAAUUAUUACCACUAUUCUCCAGCUUGGACAUGUUCGUGUUGGAGAUCUGGCCCAAGCAUUUGAUGUUGGUGACCAUGUCAGCCACGAGAAAGAGAAUGGGACCUAUGACAACCCGCUGAACCGCGAAGGAAGUGCUAAGACGAAUGGGGUGGAUAGCCAGCCUGGCCAUGGCAAGAUUACCAGUGUCGGACAAUUCCACGAUACACUACGCACAUUACUUGUCGACGGAUUUUUGAACAAAUUCCAGAAGAGGUCUUACAUGCCGUCUGCAGACCUACAAACCGAGAUGGAGGAACAAGUCAUUAGCGAACAAUUUCCGGAUCGUAAAGUCACAGGAGGAAAGAAGCAGGGCGAGUUCAGGAGUGCAGUCAAUAUGCUCAAGCGCAAAUGCCGGGAAGGCGACGAAUUUUCCGAAAUCCGUGACACGACCAGAGUAGGGCAAGGCGCUCCGAACAAACGUGCAAAGCUGAAUGGCGCGAAUACCAACGGUGCUGGACAUGGCGAUCAUGGUGUAGGGGAUUCUGUCGCUGACAACAUCCAGAACGAUAUGGUGCUGAAGGUGAAUCACGCGCAAUGCACAUUGGCCUUGCGAAGUCAACGUCUCGAAGAGAUGUCUGAAUCCUACCUCGGCGGCAUCACAAGUCAUGUCUACGGAGCGUUGCUUCAAGUCCUCGAGGGCAGAAAGCGAGGCAGAGACGACGAUAUCAUCGAGCCAGAUCUCGAUCCCGGAGACGAAGAACUAAGACAGCCAACAGCAACAACCUCAGAAGUUGUGGAACUGCUUGAUCCGAACUUCGAUCUAUCGCUGUCCAUCAAUGGAGCUUCAAGCAUGUACAAAAUCACGAAUGGCGACAGCAACGGCAAACCACAAAAGAAGCCAAAAGCUUUCGAUCCAGAAUUGGAAGAACUUGGCAUCAAACAGGAGAUGGAAUCUGAUGAUGAAGAUGACCACCACUUCCCAGGAUAUUCAUCAUACGCGGACCGAGAGAAACGAUUAUGUCUGAUUGAGGAGCAUCUCAAGCUCCUCGCAGAGCAUAGCAAGGGAUUUUGCACACGAGUUGGCAACGCAGGCCACGGCGAGUGGCGGGUCAACUUUCCAGCACUUACGAAGACAUUGAUUCAAAAUGACAUCGACGCGACUAUCAUGGCACGCUUCGGCAAGGUCCACACGCGGAUCACACGACUUCUCCGCGAACGAGGCCGGCUGGACGAGAAGCAAGUGGCCUCAUUCUCCAUGAUGCGCAUCAAAGACGUGCGUGUCAUUUUGACAGAACUCCAGUUCGCGGGACUGGUAGAGGCGCAGGAGGUGCCAAAGGAUACCGCACGAACACCAGCUCGCACAAUCUACCUUUGGAUACACGAUCAAGAGCGGGUGUCGAGUAUUCUACUCCAGCAGACCUAUCAGGCCAUGUCUCGCACCUUUCGUCGUCUGGCCGUGGAGCGGGAGGCUUACAAAAGCGCCAUCGAGCGAGCGGAAAUGUAUCCCGACUCGUUAAGCCCGAGCGAUCGCGACGCUCUCAUGCAGUGGCGGGAGAUUGAGGAGAAGCUGCUCAUGCAAGUGCAGCGUAUGGACGAGUUGGUGGCAUUGUUGCGUGACUUUUCAGGGAUGGACACUUCGUUGGUUUCAUGA